UCAAUCAUCAUGUUUUCUCCGUUUUGACUUGGAAAUGCAUCAUUUUAGCCUGAAAUCAUGGGUAAAAAUCACUGUCACUGUGAUUCUGAUCUCUCUUAUCGUCAUCUUUUUGAUAACAGAUAGUGCAGUUUUUGUGAAAUUUUCAGUUCUACACAAACCAGGGAAUUGGAAUCGACAACAUGAAUCCCAACGGCGUAUUUUGGCCAAGAGCUUUCAAGCCACGGUAUCAACAUCAUCAACUUUCGGCCAGCAUCUUUAUAACUUCACCCAACAUCCUCCUGGGCAGCGAGCCUUUCCUGAACAAACCUUUCAAAAGACAUCUUCAGUAUUUGAGCACCAGCCUCAGAAUCAAGAAAGUAUUAACACGGCCAGGGUGAUGGCAGCGAGGGAAUACUGUAAGACACUGGACCAAAAAAUAUUCUUUUAUAAAAAUCAAAAAACACAAAAAAUUACUCCAAGACAUUUCGGUCACUUAUAUGUGAAUGAUGAAUAUAAAUUUAUUCAUUGUAAUAUUCCGAAAAUAGCGUGUACAAACUGGAAAAGGUUGUUUCUUGGACUAGCUGGAGUAAAGACGCCGUUUUUAAUCAGUGCAAGGAACGUGCACGAAUAUGGCACAUCCUUUUAUAGAAAGAUGGACAAGAUGCGAUUAAGUAAUUUCAGCCCCACAGGAAUAGCGUACCGAUUGCAGCAUUAUACAAAAGCAAUCGUUGUGAGGGAUCCCAUGGAACGAAUCUUAUCCGCGUUCAGAAAUAAACUUAAUUUUCCUGGCAAUGAGUAUUUCCUCAAAAAAUACGGCGCGAAAAUUCUCCAAAAAUAUCAUCCGGAUUUACCACCGGACGUUAUAGAACAAGGUGCUGGAGUGACGUUUCUGGAUUUCGUGCAGUAUAUUACGCAUCCGAUGGAUUUCCCGAAUCUCAAACCAUGGAAUCACAUGAAUGAACACUGGGAGCGCUACUUUGCGCUAUGUCAUCCGUGUUUUGUGCGAUAUAACAUUAUCGCUAAAUACGAAACGCUGGAUGACGAUGUCAAUUUCAUUAUGGAGAAGAUCGGGGCGUCUGAUGUCAUAAAAUGGCCGAAAAGACGCCAGCAUUACAGCCAUACACCAACAUCCAAACUGGUAUCAGAUGCAUUUCAGAACAUUUCAUCCGAUGACCUGCGGACACUUUCUACACUUUAUUACGAUGAUCAUAAAAUGUUCGGGUAUGAAUUUCAAAACAAUGGUGACGGAAAUGCAUCAUUGCUUUCAGUCUAACACUGCUUUAAUGGAGGAUGUGUAAUCUGAAUAUUGUAACCCCCUUAUAUUUUUGUUUCCCUAUGUGCUCAAAAACAUCUAUUUGAGAUUUUGCUUCCAUUUAUUUUUGCAGAUGAGUACACUUUCCAAUGAUAAAAUCAUUAAGUUGAACCUUUUAGCACCUCUUAAAUUAGCGAUUGUAACGGGAUUGUCCUCCCGAUCGCAAAAAUAUAAGGCUCACAAAACUAAAGGAGUUCACAGUAUACCUCUUCAUAAUAUGUUUGUAUAUUCUGUGAACAGUGAUAAGGGAGAAUAUGAUCUAUAGCCGCACUUACACCACCUGAAAAUGGACCACCAAUCUUGGUUCGGGAACCAAUGCCGCACCAUCGAAAAUCCACCAAGCGCUUACACCAGCGCUGCAGCUAGUUAUAAAAUCCGGCUACAGAUGGCGCGCAAACAAUAAGCAGAACGCGGAAAGCCUUAGCAGAAAUCGCCAUUUCGAAAGCGCCGCCUGGAGCCGAACCAUCUAACUAGCUAAUUGCCGAUCCAUUUGCGCGUACACCACGACAAAGCCGAG